AUACAACAGUAAUAGACCCAACUUCUAUUUCACUUCCUUUGGUGGAUACUACUCCCUCGCCAAUGACUGUCUUUAGUUCACCUAAUUAUUAUUGCAACUUGGCUGACCGAGCCGUGGCUUCACUAAGGCAGCAUUUACAAGAUAAAGAGUGGAAGAAGGUUCUUAAGCACAAAAGUGGCGUUACUGUGUAUAUGCUUCAAAAACAACAACAGCAAAAGACAGAAAAAGUCGCGUUAUUUCGAGGCGAGUCUAUCAUUCAGGGAUUUACGCCACAAUCUAUUUUUUAUGUCAUUGGUAUGCGAAAGUUAUGGGAUGAACAUUUUGAAGAAGGCAAUUUGAUCGAAAACUUGAAUGAAACAACCUCUUUAACAUACGAAUCAUAUAAAUCGACAUCUACAUCAAAGGCAUUUGAUCUAACUUUGGUUGAAAAGAUUGAAUGUUCAGCGGAUGGUGAAAUUGCAUUUGCUUGUACCAGUAUUGAUACACUUCAGGUGCCAAAACAGCCAGGAAAAAACAGACAUUGUGUCAAGCUUCAAGGUUGGGUGCUGAAACAACUAAAUACGAUACCCGUUUCGACAAAAGUCACAUAUGUUACUCAAGAAAACAUCAAUGGCUGGAUUCCUGGCUUAACAAAGAAGUCUUUAGCAAGAAAGCCCUUAAUAAUAUCAUCUAUUCAUCAAUAUCUAGAAAAGAAAGCAGAUCGAAUUCGACAGCAACAACAACAACAGCAGCAACAAAGUAUACGCAACCAUUCUACAUCUACUUCUAUUCAUUCAAAUAGUACUACUUUACUAGUUACACCCAAUACUAAUGAUCGACUGUCACCUUCUAUAACAAGCCCAUCACCACUAUCAUCUUUAACUAAACCUGAUUGUUCUUCAGAUACCUCAUUGGAUAGUGUCAAGAAAUAUACCAACAUCAUUCUAUCAAACCCUCCUCCACGCAUAUCCUCUUUGGAAGAAAAGAACAGUCAGCAAAAUCUCCCCCCUCCUGCUCCCUCUCCAAGUUUUCCCCUUCCGCUUCCUCCAACAACGCAUUCUACUAGAGAAGACAUUUUGUCCAGUAAUGAUUUCCCUUUACCUCCUAUUCAUCGUAAUCAUCAACACCAACGUCAAUUUUUAUUAUCGCCUAUUCAUGAAUCUGAUCCAAUUGAUUUUAAAGAAAAAAAAACAGCUGAUGCUGCAUCCAAAUCCAAAUUAUAUCCUCCUAGUAGACAUCGACAAGCUAGAAAACAGAGUCUAGAUAUGCUACAGACGCAUGCCAAUAGUUCACUGAAUGACUGGAAAUAUAUUGGAGAAAAGAACCAGACUCAGAUGUACUGUCAAUCAAUACAAGGAAACCCGUUGCCUAUCUUGAGAGGAGAAACAACCCUUACAGGCAAUUGGACACCUGAGCAGAUCUGCUCAGUUAUUCAAUGCUUUGGUGCUCGCAAACUAUGGGAUGAACAUUUUGAAAAUGGUCAAAUCAUUGAACGGUUUUCACAAAAAGAAUAUUUAGUCUAUACGCAAAUGAAGAGUAUCUUUCCCAUUCAAAGCCGUGACUUUUCUCUCUUGACAAGUAUUGAAAGCAAUGUCGCCACAGGAACUGUAUAUGUUGUGUCUACCAGCGUUGAAGACGAAUUGAUACCCGAAAAAGCACAACACAUCAGAGGCAGUCUUGUUACGUUUGGUUGGGCUCUUAAGCCUAUAAAGGAUGGCCAUCGAUUGGCUGGUGUUACUGUCAGUAUCAUUGCGCAUCUUCAAAUGGGCGGCGUAACUCCUCUACCUUCUGCGAUCGUGCGUACCUUAACUACACAUUUACCUAGUCUGGGUGAUCAAGUACAAUCGUAUUUACUAGAUCAUGGAUGCCCUCCCUACAUUCGACGUGUAGCGGGCAAAGUGAUAUUAGAGCAAUUCGAUCACCAAGAAAAGAUGUAUUCAAUUCAUUUUAUUGCCAAACACGCCCCAUCUGCAAGACAGUAUCGUAACAAAAAUAGCCAAAAAAUGAUUGGAUCCAUGUGGUGUACAGACAUUCGUACACAUACAAGCAUGUAUCCUAUGGGUUAUCGGAUAACGACAACACCUCAUGAAGGCAUACGAGUGGAUAUGCGGCCUGAUGGAAUGGGAUUUCGAAUCUACACAGAAAGAGAGGACAUGGAUGGACAGACGAUCCAACUUCAGAUCAACCCUUGUACUACGACGAACCAAAAACCUGUUUUUGCCUGGAAUGACAUUGUUUUGUUGGACUUUAAUAUCAAGAUAGAGGAACCAAUAGAAGCACCCAAAACUGAAGCAAAAAAUAAUACCAAAAGAAUAACGGAUCAGCAUGACACAAAGAGUGUCAAGGUAUACAUUGAAACUAGUAGAACAACUGAUUAAUAAAAUCAUACAAUACAAUAGGCCAACGCAUACGAAAAACGACAGCAUAGAAACAGUCAUAUUCUCGUUUUGAGUGAAGACAUUGCCUUUACAGCUCAUCAAUUUUCAUUCGUGAUUUUAUUAAUGGCCAUUUCUUAUUAUUUUGGCAAAUUCUCUUGUCACUGUUGAAUAAUAAAAAUAAGCUUCCCCUCUCUCCACUUUUCAUUUA